UCUGUUCCUGUCGAAUUCAACACGUGGCUUUUAUUCCGCGAGCUCGUAGACCUAAUCCUCCUUAAUGACUUCACUUCCUACAUAUGCUUUGCUCUGGCUAACUUCAACAUUCCGGAGCACUCCAGCUUUAUUGUUCAUGUCUUACGAUGGGCGGGAGGCUUGUUCCUUUUCUGGUUCAACGUCUGGGUCAAGAACGAUGCUCAUCGAGUUGUUAAAGAUUUUGCAUGGUACUGGGGUGAUUUCUUUUUUUUGGAAGAACAAACACUGACGUUCGACGGGGUUUUUGAAAUGGCUCCGCAUCCAAUGUAUUCUGUUGGAUAUUGCGGAUAUUACGGAAUCUCUAUGAUGAUGGCUAGUUAUACGGUUUUGUUUGUUAGCCUCGCUGCUCAUGCUGCUCAAUUUGCCUUUUUGGUUUUUGUCGAAAAUCCACAUAUUGAUAAAAUCUAUAACGAUCCAAAACCGCUAAGGGCCAAACUAUCACCAUCGCCCAAGGCUUUGCUUACAUCAUCAACAUCAUCGUCAAGUUCAACUAACGCAGGGUCCCUGCAUGAUCACUUAUCAACUUCAACCGCUCUUCAACCGACUCUUGCGGACUUCUCUCAUCCUCCAACUUCUUUCCAAUACUUUCGUCGCGAUCUUAUUGUUUUCAAAAACUUUGACCUCCUUCGCGCAGCCGAUCUCUUCGUAGUUAUCAUAAUAUUUUAUGCCACUGCUGUUCCACUGCUGAUUUCCGGUGCAUCAGAAAAUGCCGUACAAAUGUUUGUUGUUGGACAAUGCCUUGCUUGGAGAAUAUUUCAUACCUACGUAUUAGGAGCCAUAUUGGAUUUGCAGAGCAAGGAGAAGUUUUGGACGAAACAUUACAUAAAGUUUGGAGGAACUGUUAAGGAAGCGUUUGACAAUUGGAAGAGUAUCUACAAUCUUUCUCUCAGCAUGACCUACGUUACCUUCUUGAUAGCAUCAUACAAACUCUAUUCACUUCCUUUUGACUGGUCUUAUGGCACCGUCCUCCUCCGACACACGCUCGGUAUACUGCUGAUAGCCCUCCAUAUAUGGACAUCCAUAUCCGUUUUUGAGGAACUUGGAGAUUUCGGCUGGUUUUACGGCGACUUUUUCCUGGACGAAUACCCUUCUACACUAUGUUACACGGGAAUUUACAGAUUUUUGAAUAAUCCAGAAAAACUUAUCGGACACGCAGCGUUCUGGGGGAUUACGCUGAUUUCCAGCAGUUGGGUUAUAUUUGGAUUGGCUCUGUUUAGCCAGACGUCAAACUUUUUAUUCUUGAAAUACGUCGAAUCUCCACACAUGAAGAAAUUAUAUGGUGACGAGAUACGAAAAGAAGAUGGUGUUUCGAAAACUAUCAGGAGAGUGAAUAUAUUCCCCGAAAGGGUACGAGAGGAAGUAUCGAAAAUUGGAGCACCACAAAUGUGGGCCGUCAGGAGGGUCGUGAAUGAAGUCAGGGGAUCAGUAGUCAAAGAAGUUAGAGAACGAGUGGUUGAAGCCGCAGAAGCUGUUGGGGAAAUAGUCGAGGUUGCCGGAAAUUUAAUUCAGAAAGAACACGAGAAGAUGAUUCUCAAUAACAGACGAAAAUCAAAAAUUGAUCCAUCUCGAUUUUCUAUUACUCUCAUUCCACCUCGUUCCGCACCGAUAGCCCAAACUCCGACGUCACCAAUACGCACGCCUCAUUCCUCGGAACCACCGUCACUAUCAUCGUCGCCUUCUUCGACUACUUCAACAUCAUCCCGAUCUUCAUCACCGUCAUCUGCAUCACCGUCAUCUGCAUCACCAUCCUUCUCCCAGCCAAUAUCCUAUAGUCUCGGCACACCUAUCAGUAUUCGUUGGACCGCUCCAAAGAAUCAUGGACGAAAAGAUUGGAUCGGACUGUAUAAGUUCGGUGCUAAUAACAGCAGAAUCUUGACGAAUGUUGGUAGCUGGGGAAGGUAUUUCUAUGUUGGAAAUGUGGAAGAAGAAAAUGAUGAUGAGGUGGAAUCCAAAGACGCGAAACUGAGAAGUGAAAGUAACGCGAAUGUCAUAGGCAACGAACAUGAACAGGACAAAGACGAUAUUGUAUCUGGAGAGUUGACUUUCAGAGGCGAAAAAUUGUUCUGGGAAGUCGGGACAUACGAAUUCCGAUACCACCAUGAUGACGAACAUCACGUAUUGGCUAUAUCAGCUCCGUUUGAAAUAACGACGCCCGUUCUUACUCAAUCUAAUUUAUUCUGUCUUCCGAUCAUCGAGCAGACUCUCCUAAAACUUGUGCAAAAAUCACUGGAUUCUGAUCCCAAGUUGAUUCCUAAAAGUACCAAUGAUGAUUACGUCGUUAUGAAGGAGGAACACGCAAAGAGAAUAGUGUAUGGAAUUCGUAUGAUUUUUGGAGUAGACUUUGUAUGGGAUGUAGCGGUCGUUGAUGCAAAUGUAGCGAGGCUGGCAAAGAGAAUCUACGAAGCUCAUCGUGUUCUAACGCUCGGCCCAUCUACGAAAUCAGGAAAUCCCGUAGAUUGUGAUAAGAGCUCUGAGGGAGAAAGUAUACAAGCAAUUCCGCAUUAG